AUGGAGGCAGACUGGGAUGAAGUGUCUCGCAUCGUGGUGCCGCCUCCGGGACCGCAUUUGCUCCCUACUGUUGCGACUGCGAUCGGGUUUGAUGAUACGCAGGAGCUUUUGUGGGCGGGGAACGAGUUUGGCCGCGUGACAUCCUUCCACGGACCUGAAUUACAACGAUAUACCUCUGUCAAAGCCCAUCCAACCUCCGAAGGGCCGGUACGGCAGCUCCUAUUCCAUGACAAAGGCGUGAUAUCUCUAUCUUCGAAAAGUAUCCAUCUGGCAUCACGACGCGGUCUGACACAAUGGCACCUCUCUGUUCCGGAAAUGGUGGACCUGCGAUGUAUGAGCUUUACCACGCAUUUAUCCCGCAUCAUCGUCGCAGGGUGUCAGCCUCAGAUGCUCAUAAUUGAUCUGGACAAGGGCACGGUGGUAGAAAAGAUACCUGCGGAAGCCAACUAUACUAUCAUGAAGAAGUCACGGCAUCUUUGCGCCGCCACGGACGCCGGGUCAGUCCACGUUCUAAGUCUGACGGAUUACAGUCUGUUGAAAAGCUGGAAGGCCCACGGAGCUGUGAUUAACGAUAUGGAUGCACGAAACGAUUUCCUCGUUACCUGUGGCUUUUCUGUGCGCCAUAUCGGAACUCCCAUCGUCGAUCCUCUUGCAAACGUCUAUGAUUUGAAAUCCCUAACUCCCUUAUCUCCUGUCCCAUUCCAUGCAGGAGCAGCAUAUGUUAGGAUGCACCCGAGACUCCAGACUACCAGUUUUAUCGCGUCACAAUCCGGCCAGCUUCAGGUUGUUGACCUCAUGAACCCUAAUUCAAUCAGUCUUCGCCAAGCGAAUGUCACAUUCAUGCUAGGAAUGGAAAUCUCGCCAUCUGGAGAAGCCCUGGCAGUCAACGAUGCAGAAUGUUCGCUCCAUCUCUGGGGCUCACCGGCUAAGAUACAUUUCAAUGAAAUGAGCAAAGAGACUGAGUUUCCUGCAGUGACUCCUCGCCCGCCAAUACUUGACUGGUCAGCGGAUACACCCCUGAGCGUCGUUGGAAUGCCAUAUUAUCACGACCGGCUUCUUUCCGCUUGGCCUAGUCACCUUGUUUUUGAAGUCGGCAGCAUCCCUAAACAAGUUGACCCUUCCAUAAUACCCUAUCUACACCCUAGUGACAUGGGCCAAUAUGCCCCUAACCCACGCAAGACGCACCGGUAUCAAGUCGAGAAUACCCGCUGUCAGACUUCUGUAGAGACCGCAUUGGCAGCACCGAAGUUUCUUAGCGAGAAGGCCAGAGCACAUACCAAGGCUAAAUCGAUCGGUGACCAGGAUUCGUUGAACGCCCUACAGGGGUUGAAAAUAAAUGGCGACGCGGAUAAUGACCCGCUGCUAAAGUAUAGUAACGUUGAAAUCAAGUAUAGCAAGUUUGGCGUGGACGACUUUGAUUUCAGGUACUAUAACAAAACGAAUUUCUCUGGUCUCGAGACACAUAUCGCCAACUCGUUCACCAAUGCACUUCUUCAAUUGUUCAAAUUUAUCCCGCUAGCCAAAAACCUAGCCCUUCACCAUGCAGCAACAAACUGCAUUUACGAAAACUGUUUACUCUGCGAAAUGGGAUUCCUCUUCGAUAUGCUAGACAAGGCAAACGGUCAAAGCUGUCAGGCAACGAAUCUACUCAAAACUUUUAGCGGGUUCAGAGAAGCCGUGAAUCUCGGCCUCCUAGAAGAGAACCUGAGCAACAAAUCUCUUGCCUCCACCAUCCAGUCCGUCAAUCGGUUUUUUUUAAACCAAAUUUCGCAUGAUUAUCGACUUCUUUACCCCAACUCGGACCAACUUGAUCAUGUCCUUGCCACCUCGGCAAUGGAGUCGAUUCGGUGUAUGUAUUGCCGCAAUGAAAUCGUCCGAGCGGGGAACACCUUUGUGAGCGAAUUGAUAUAUCCAGCAAUCGACCUAAAGCAAGCCGCUCGCAACCCGGCGUGUCGAUUCUCCAACAUUCUUCGUGCUAGUAUUGAACGCGAAGCCCAAAAUCGCGGCUGGUGCAGCACAUGCAGACGUUACCAACAGGUUGCAAUCCAGAAGACCGUUGAGAGAAUGCCAAUGGUUCUAAUGAUCAAUGCAGCAAUCAAUAAUCCAGUUUGCAGGAAAUUCUGGUCCAUUCCCGGCUGGCUGCCUGAGGAGAUCGGAGUUAUUGCCGAUGGUAAGCAGAUGCGUUGCUUUGAAGGUGCAGAACUCCAGGCCCAGAAACGAGAAAAGAUACCCAAUCUACUUAUAUAUCAACUGGUGGGUCUCGUCGCAGAGAUCGAUAUUGUAGACCAGAAAAAGCCCCACUUGGUGUCAUUUAUCAAUGUGGCCAUCUCCGCGACGACUCCAACAGAGGAGAGCCAGUGGCAUCUGUUUAAUGACUUUCUUGUUACCGAAGUUGACAAGAAUGAGGUGUUAUCAUUUAAGCAACCUUGGAAGCAACCUUGCGUGCUAUCUUAUCAAAUAUCGACCGCAAGGCACGGGGUAGAUAGCUCCUGGAAAAAUGCGUUGGACACCACCCUGCUCUUCUACGAGUGGUCCAUGAACAACUGCCGUCCAAUUGAUUCGUGCCAGGUUCUAAAACCAGACGAAAAACCUACUCCAGGAACUGCCAUUGCCCUUGACACAGAAUUUGUGGACUUGGAAAAGGCAGAAAUUGAGGUCAAGGCCGACGGAACGCAUGAAAUGAUUCGCCCCAGCAAGAGCGGUCUCGCCCGUGUUUCAGUUAUUCGGGGCAAUGGUAACCUUGAGGGCCUCCCUUUCAUUGACGAUUAUAUUACCAUCAAGGACCCUAUUGUCGACUAUGUGACGCAAUAUUCGGGUAUCAAACCAGGAGACCUAGACCCACGAGCCAGUCCACACAACCUCGUUCCUCUUAAGGUAGCAUAUAAAAAGCUUUGGCUACUCUUGAACCUGGGCUGUGUCUUCGUCGGCCAUGGACUUGCGUCCGAUUUCCGCAAAAUCAACAUUCAAGUGCCGAAAUCACAAACCAUCGACACUCAAUAUCUAUUCUUCCACCCUUCUAAAAACCGCCGAUUGAGCCUCCGAUACCUUGCCUGGGCCGUUUUCAAAGAAUACAUCCAGGAAGAGACAACCAGUCCUUCUCCAAAGGCCACAGCGGCUAACCCCGACCUCCCAAACUCAAACCCAACCUCAACUCUUGCCGCAACAUCCGCCGCAGAAGGUCAUGAUUCUAUUGAAGAUGCACGCAUGGCACUACGACUAUGGAAGAAAUUCCAGGAAUACGAAGACGCAGGUAUCGUCAACCAAAUGUUAGAAGAGAUCUUCCGCGAAGGCGUUAAGCACGGUUUUCGUCCUCCACCCCGCCACCAACCUCCGCAAUCAACCUCCACUCCCAGUUACCAAUCUUCAAACACUGGACUGGCAGUUUACAACCCCAAACUGUCAGGGCCCAUCUCUGCGGCCACAUUAUCGUCGCCUCCUAGUGGACGAAAUACGCCAGACCUAGCACCAGGCAGUAGCGCACUAGGCGCAAAUGGUGGUUUUGGGGAUAGUGUACCAUCGACGCCGCGACAGAUGUUCCGGCGAUCUACUGCCCUCACCCCAACAAGCAGCAGCUAUUCAGGGGGUAUUGGAAAGCAUCCUAUGUUCGGAGGAAGUCCCAUGCGCUAG